AUGGCCGCCAUCACGGAACGCUUUCAAGGCUUGCGCCGUCCUGGCGCUUCGCUUCUCAAAAAGACCCUCCCUUCGCGACCGGACGAGCCAGUCCUCGCGCGCAAAGCUGUGCCUCCGCCAAAGCUGGUUGUAGAGCAGCCUAUUACGUCUCCCACGGCUUCGAGCACCGCCAGCACAACUCCAGUACAGCCACAGGCACCGCGUAAAGGCCUCCCACCAACUCCAGCUCCCUCAUAUCCUUCGCCGGCCUCGCCGCUGCCGCCUACUCCGUCAGCGCCUUCGGUUGCGUCGCCGGCUGCUGUUACGACUACUAUUGCGCCUUCACCACAGUUCCAGCCACAGCCGCAGCCGCAGUCGCAGCCGCAGUUCCAGAACCAGUCACAACCACAUUCCCCUCCAGCACAACCACAACCAACCCAAUCCACGCGCCCUCCACGAACCACAUCUCUCAACGGUCCCCAAAACAACACUUACCAAGACCGCCGCCCCCCUCAACACCGGCAAAUCACAAACCUGCAGCCAAACCAACCCCGACCAAACCUUAGCCCCGGACCUCCACCGGGUCAGAGCAAACGACCCAUCAGCGAGGCCCCCUCAAUCUCCCAAUUCAUCCCAGACCCCGAACCAGAACCCGAGCUUCCCGACUCAGAGCAAGAACCAGAUCUGAUUCUCGACAACCAAUCCAGCAACUCCAGCGGCAAGACGCCAUCCACAAAUAGCAACAGCAGCAGCAGCAGCAACCACAGCAUUUCGCCUGGCCUCAAGCAAUUUCCCGAUGGCUACGUCCCACCCAUCCCCGAACCAAUGAUCAUCCCGCCGCUGACGAAUGUGCAUUUCGGGUGUUUCCAAUCCCAUGCCUCGAUGCCCGCUACAAGUAAUGUGUGGUAUGCGACAGCGUGCAUGACGUGCAAAAAAGUGGAUCAAGAAGUCAGACAUCGGUGUACAUUUUGCUGUAUGCGGAUUUGUGCGGGGUGCUACGAACAGUUGAAGAAGUGUAAAAAUAGGGAUUUGAGGGAGUUGGUGGAUAAUUUAUCUUGA